AAUCCGGUUGUCUUUUGUCUUUCGAACCAUGUUGAGUUUGUCUCGAGGAGUGAAGUCAGUCGUCGGCAGCACCAGAAAACUUCGCGAUCGGAAGUCCGUGGUCGUGUUGUCUGCAGUAAGGUUGAUAAACAGAUAUUUGCGCACUUUAGGUUUUCAAGGAUUGCAAGGAGUACCAAUAGCUCACCUUUCGUGCAACUAUCUGGGAAGUCGGUCGUCAAAACGGCUUUACAGCCAGCUCAGUGCCGAAAUAAAAGCUGUUGGAGGGCUUUUAAAGAGAUCUGGCAUUCUUGUUAGAAACCAGCCUGUAGUUUCAAGCGACCUAGGUUGCGCGAGACCUUUGCACACAAAUUGUAUUCUUAGACAAGAUAAUAAUGGCAAGAAUAACAAAGAUAAGGAAGAUGAAGAAUCGAAGGUUUCGCUGCUUGCCAAGGCAGCCAUUUGGAUGAUGACAGCAUAUAUAGUCAUCACACUAAUGUCCCUCCUGUUUCCAACAAGCAACCAACCAGAUGUGCUGCGCUAUGUGUCAUGGAACGAGUUUUAUUACCAAAUGCUGGCAAAAGGAGAGGUCGAGGAGAUCAUUGUGAGACCAGAGCUUGACUUGGUGACCAUCUACUUGCAUGAUAAUGCCAUUAUUAAAGGAAGAAAGGCUGAGCACAAGACGUUCCACAUGAACAUUGUUGAUGUGGAGCAUUUCGAAGAGAAGCUUCGCAUGGCUGAGAAAAGCCUUGGCAUUCUUGCUGAUGCUGGUGUACCACUGGUAUAUGAACGCAACCAAGAGAGCACAUGGCUUCUGCUGGCCUCCCUCAUUGCAGUGGCCCUGAUGAUCCUGCUCAUGUUUCGCAGUGGCACCAUCAAGACACCCCAGGCAAUGGACUUCUUC